GGGUGCUGCCGGAGCGGCCGGAGCAGCCGGAAUGUUGGUGCUGCUGGGCCUGGUCCUGGGCGUCCGGGGGGCAGGCGCCUUCCUGGUGCACCUGGCCAGCUCCUGCUCGCUGACGGCCGACGGCGCCGUGCUCGACUUCGACCUCACCGUCGCCUUCAACAAGAACCCGCUGGUCUGCUACGACGCCGACGCGCGGCUCUUCGUGGCCUGCGACGUGGGGCUGCUGCGCAGGCACGCCGCCGCGCUCGCCGCCUUCCUCAACAACGGCACGGCCUGGCUGCAGCGGGCCGAGGAGCGGCGCCAGGCCUGCCGCGGCGUCGCCCUCCCGCUCUGGGAGCAGACGGCGCUGCGGCGCGCGCCGCCGCAAGCCCGCAUCAUCCCCGUGCGAACCGGCAACGCCCGGGCGCCCGUCCGCCUCGUCUGUCACGUUUGGGGCUUCUACCCGGCCGAGGUGACCGUCACCUGGCUGCGCAACGGCGAUGCUUUGGGGGGACCCGGCGAUCCCGUCACCGCCACCCCGGACGGCAACUGGACCUACCAGGUGCAGGUGGCCCUGACGACGGCCCCGGAGGCCGGCGACGUCUACACGUGCUCGGUGCAACACGCCAGCCUCCAGCAGCCCCUCCUGGAGGACUGGAGACCCGGGUUGACGCUGCCGGCGACGCUGAAGCUGGUGGCGGCCACGGCCGUCAUGGCGCUGGGACUCGCUUUCUUCGUCUUCGGCUUCUCCCGUUUCAGGGCCAGGCCGCCGGUGCCGGGUUACAUUCCCCUGCCCGGCGACACCUAUCCCGAGGGAAACGGAGCCUCGGGCUCGGCGCCGUCUCCCGGUGCCACCGGGCGCUAGUGACGCCCGUGAGGAAUCCGGCGACGGGAAAGGCGCCGGCGAGCGGCUCGGAAAACCCCGCGGCGCCGAGGGCGGAGGGGACCCCGAGGCGGCAGCGCUACAAAAUAAAGAUGUUUCGUGUUCUCGA